GGAUGACAGGUGUCUAAGCAUCUCACGGCCACUCAUGAGGGAUAAAACUGGCCUCGUCGGGACAACGUCCACCAUCUCCACGACCUACAGAGCGGCUGAGGUGGCUUUGACGAUCUUAAGCCCCGAGCUUCGUGUGAAAUGAUCUCUAUCCAUAAUACUCUGCGCUCUUCUUCCGUAAAAAAGACAGACAAGACUCCUUCUUAGUUUGGUUAACGCAGGAGCGGUCGGAGGUGGGUGAGUCCGAGGACUUAAUGUCUCUCGCAAUGAAAGCAAGACAGAAGGUCAAAAAGAAAGCAAGCAAGGACAAAGUGUUUGGAUGUGACCUGCUGGAGCACCUGCAGGUGUCUGGAUCAGAAGUCCCCCAGGUGCUGAAAUGCUGCACGGAGUUUGUGGAGGAACAAGGAAUAGUGGAUGGGAUUUACCGUCUCUGCGGGAUUUCCUCCAACGUGCAGAAGUUACGACAGGAGUUUGAAAUGGAGCGGAAUCCGGACCUGAAUAAAGACACGUACCUGCAAGACGUUCACUGCGUCAGCUCUCUGUGCAAAGCAUACUUCAGGCAGCUGCCGAACCCGCUGCUCACGUACCAGCUGUACGACAAGUUUGCCGAUGCCAUCGCCAUACAGCUGGAACAAGAUCGCCUGGUAAAAAUAAAGGAUGUUCUGAAGGAGCUCCCGCGUCCUCACUACAGGACCCUGGAGUUUCUCAUGAGACAUCUCGUCCGCAUGGCUUCAUUCAGCUCCCAAACGAACAUGCAUGCGCGCAACUUGGCCAUAGUCUGGGCGCCCAACUUGCUCAGGUCUAAAGACAUUGAAGCAUCUGGGUUUAGCGGGACCGCGGCGUUCAUGGAGGUCCGAAUACAGUCCAUUGUGGUGGAAUUCAUUUUGACGCACGUAGACCAGCUGUUUGGAGACGAACCACUUGCCGGAAGUGGAAUGGAAGCAAACUCUGCAGCCACGGCUCCUGAAGAUUACUUCCGCUCCCUUUCGUACAAUAUACCCAGCAUCCUGAACCACGGGGACGGGCCUCCGCAGAUGCGGCCUUACCACACCAUCAUAGACAUUUCUGAUCACAAGCGGAAAGGAUCGAUAAAAGCGAGAAAAUGGAAAUCUAUCUUCAACCUGGGACGUUCCAGCGACUCCAAGCGAAAGGUGAACAAACACGGUGAUAAAGAAGUUCAAUCUGAUAAAAUGACUCUUCGGCCAGCCAAAAGUAUGGAUUCGCUAAGCUCUGCACCGUACGCGGCCGACGGUCUGAAUUUUGGGCAUGGCGGCCUGGCUAGAAACAGAUCUCCAAAAUCUCUGAUCCCGGUGCGAAGGGACAGCUUUGGCUCUCCGUCCAAACAAAAGGAUGCGUUCCUAGGAGCCGAUGGAAAAGCCUCCCAACUGGACGCAACGGCUCAAAAUAGUUUUGAGUACGAAGAGGAGGCUUCGGCCAAGUCAGAGCCAACGACUCCGAAAGCCGGGAGGUCAUCUGCUGUGGGGAAUUCGCAAACGAGGUCGCCCAAGAGCACUCAGAAUCGGGCAGAAAAAUGCGUUGGGGUUCACAUCUCUGGACCGUUCUCUGUGACUCUUCCAUUUCACAUCACUUCCAACUUAUCCCGCCUGACUCGAGGAAUGGAGUGCCCCAGCCUAAACUACGGCCCCCUGUACAACUCGGAAAAGUCAUCUCCUCGGGACGACAGCAGGUCUGACGACACACUUGACAUUUUUCUAGCAAAUCUGAAGCCCACACCUGAGAGCAAUGUGGACGUAAACGAAGAAAACGAUAUCCAAUCAAAGGAGGAACAGGCUUCAGAGAUGGUGAACAGCCCAGUCUCCGCGGAGAUCCAGGACACGGAAAUCAUACCGGAGACAGCGAUGGGGAAUGACUCGCCGGCCUCGCCAGAGGUCACCAAGGAGAUCGUGCCUCCGAAGGAGGAAGACGACCGGCUCUCACUCGAAGUUCAGGAUACGUUUUCUUUCUUAGACCAUCAGGACACAAAUGUAGAUCCGAAGACCGCCGAGGAUUUUAAGGCUUUUGAAGAUGAGACUCAAGUGUCAGGAUAUAUUUCGAGCUUUUUGCCCGGAGACAUCGCAAUAAUGGAGGAGGAACUCGGGAGUGCUUAUGAGAUGGACAUCACACAGGUAGCAGAAUUCUCGGUGGAGCCUCCUCCAGAUGAUUUGUUUACAGAAGAUGAAGAUCAGAUGUAUUUCAUUCCAACUGGUUGCUUGGACCUGGAAGAGCAGACGGGGGACGAUAAAGAUCUUUCCGAAGACAUUUAUCUGAGCGCUUGCGACGAGCUCAGUCCUUUAGAAUUAGGGUCGCCUUCUGAAUUCUUAAUGGCUGCUGAAUCAGACGCGGUUACAGAAAUUACUGAAUCCCCAAACGAGCAAGAAAUGGAAUCUGGUUUAGAAUGUGAGCAGCAGAGUAAAGAGGAGUAUUGUAUUUUCGAUCACUCCUUAAAUGCGAAUUUAGAAUAUGAGAAAGAACUCGACGAUAUGUCACUAACAGAGACACAAGCGCAGAUAAGUCCACUUACCGAGUUCACAGUGGAAAAGGGCGAAUGUCCAGCGAUGCGUUGUGCACCUGACUUGUAUCAGGAAGAUUAUGCAAAUAUGGACGUGGUGUAUACUUCUGAGUUGGGAAAUGUUGUACCGUCUGACAAUAAUCCAGAAAUGAACCCUCAUUCUCAGUCCUUUGACAUACUUGAUACAAAACAAACUCCCACCCAGACCGACGGAGCGCGUUCCUCUGAAGUACCGGCUGCUCUAGGCCAGGAAGCUGAUAAUGAUGACUUGCAGAGUCCCGUGUCUCCAGACGGCUAUUGUGCCGACGUAGUGGAUAUGUUCAAAUGUAACGGUGAGGCUGAAUUUCAUGAAGUUUGUAUAUUGCAAAAUCCUGAAAGCAUUCCGCAAGCCUCACAAGAUAAAUCCGUGCAACGCGUGGACACGACGGGUCACGCAGAACCCGAGGACGCCCAAACAGCUUGCGAACACGAAUUCAAGACGCCAAACAUCUCUGCGCCUCAACCGGAGCGCAGUGAACGUGUUACGGGGACGCGCUCUGACAGACCCGUAUCCAUGACGAUUACCAGCAUUUUAGCUAAAGUGCAUCAGGUUAAAUCAGUUCCUGUUGUGCCACCGAAGCCACAGUUUGCCAAGCUGCCACCUGCUCUGAGGAGUAAAAUUCAUGUCGGUUCGGCACUUUGCUCGAAUCAGGACACCAGGCCGCCGGCGGCGGCAGAGACCGCAGAGGAACUGAACGACUCUGUUAAAAAGCAGAGGUGUUCUAGCUGGAAAAGCAGCGGAAGUAUAUCAUUCGAUACCGCCGUCGCUCUUGCUAAAGAGCGUCAUUUGUCACAGCAUCCUGUUAGGAGAAUGCAGACUUACUGCUUCGGCAACGCAUACGAUGCUAUGGACAGUACAAAGGUUGAGGAGCUUCUUCACCUCCACAAACAAGGCCUGAAGUCAUCAGGAAGCAGAAUAGACAGGCCGCUUAGCUGUUCGGUGCCUCUAAACUUUCCCAAAGCUACAGACAAAGGAAGUGACACGGCCGCUGCUGAGCAAGGAACCCAGGAGUCACAGGGACAAUCGGCGAGGAACAGAAUGAGCCUCCCAAGAAUCGGCAAACAGUUGAGUUUUGAUGAACCAUCAGAGCAUUCCCACCACCAGCGAAGAUCCCUGCUAUAACCGAGCGAGUUGGGUUUCAGCUCCGCCAUAAUUAUGUAGUCCCAAAUUUUACUCAGGCGCUGGUCUCGUCUUAGAUUCAGGAGCCGUAUGUCUAUCCCAUGUAUGUUUACAUCCCCUCGCUGUAUUAAUUUGUACCACCACCAAGUGAGAGGGUUAAAACCACAGAUCUCCUCCACACUCUCCCUUGAGUGAGUAAACUCCAGAGCGUAAGUCCGACUCCUAUAAGCCAAUCUGUGAUUAUCGAAACAGCUCUGAGCAAGCGCUAAACUCAUUAAAGCUUUAUAACCAUUGGAAUUUGCCCAUAAGAGAACCAAGAGGUAAUCCGCACUCGUUGCAGCGUAUUCUGGUAUUUACUCCUUGGCUGUUUGUUGGUAUUGGGCACUAAAACGUUGAAUGUAAAUCAUCCAUAAAGUGUUCUCAUUUUUUCCAAAUCA